CGCGACACAACGCGAUGUAACGCUUCCCCUGUGCUAAAAUUUAUAUAUCAUCUGCGAGACAUCGCAUUGAAUGGCUGAUACUUUACGACUAUUUUGGACGAAAGCUUUACUCGAGAAUCUCAAAGUCGAAUUGGACGAAAACCUUUGGCCUAGCUACACAUAACGACCUUCUUUAAAUACUGAUAGUUGAGCGCAACAACCGCUCUCUGCAGCGAACAAGGAAAAGCUAAUCCUCACCUGAAACUUGCGAAUAUGGCAUGCAGCAUACCUUAUUGUUGAACAGCCGAGAAUUCGUCGCAGAUCCAGAAAGCGUUUGCCCGCCGAGAUGGAUGAAGCGAAACAUGACUUCAAAUCUUCGCACGGCAAGUUUUAUGCUAUGCCUGGUCGUGUGGAACGAGUUGAAGGAUCCUCUCUCCAGGCCAUGUUCUUACCAAAACUCCAGCCUGAAGGACGAAGAUUAAUAAACGCCUGCUAUCGUGAUCAGUUCGUCCGUGGCCAACUGAAGCACUAUGGUGUUGAGGUAGACGAAAAUAAAAUGUCUGGAAAUGGAGCUCUUCUAUUGAAGGAAGUUCUCCAAGCUGGAAAAUGCGCAAAGGUUCCCGACCAUAUUAUCGCAGUACGCGAGCAGUUGCAUGCAAGAUGGCUCAGCAGACAAACUCCUCAGCAACUCUCCCGCUCUCCUGAGUUUGUCAUGGACAAGUACUUCUUGUCUUUCGGGCACCCGGAUCGUACGAAAACGACUGCAGUUGUUGGUAUACCCCUAGAUCGCAACAGUUCAUAUUGCUGGGCCGAUCAGAUGCGAGAAGCUGCCAGCAAGGUCGCAGAUCUAUACCAUGAGACGGGCUUUGGGCCUGAGACACAAACCAUUUUCAUGGGCUGGGAUCCAGUAGCUGUGAGGAAAGCAGCAGAGAGCCAUGCUGCGAAGGAGGCGAAGCCGCUUCGUGCCAAGAAAGAUGAGCGAGAGUACAAGCGUAAAGCACUUCAUUCGGAGUAUAUGGAUACUCUCAAGCUGAGGAAAGCAUCUGAGAACCCGGAGACAUUUUCACCAGUCGGUAGCUAUAUGGUCGAUUGCAAAGAGGUUGAAAAGGGCUUUCUGGUUCAGCCAACAGACCUAAGUAUUGACAUAUGCGAGACCAAGGAACCUGGGAUGUUCAAAGCUUGCUUCGACUUCGGAGUUCUUGUGGGAGUCAUGAUCAUCAGUGUGGACAAGAACGCCCUCGAGCAGUACAUCUCUCGGCUGGAUCGUGAGUCUGAGUCUGACGGCAAUGAUAAUCGAGAAUACGACGACGACGACGACGACGACGACGAGGAUGAGUACGCCAUUGACAGCGACAGAAAGUCAACCAUACCCGCUAAGAGGAAAGCUGAAACUCUCCGAGGCCGAGGUCGCCCACCGAAGAAGCCAAAGACAGGAGUUGCGCAGCCACGUGUGUAUCAAAUAAGAUUGAAAUGCCGCGAGACGGAGGGCAUGAUUCACGCUACAGCUGAGAGAGGGUCCAUCAGAUUCAAGGACGAUAUAUUUUCAGGCUUCAUAGGAAGGGCCAAUCUCCCCGGGGUGGACGAUGGGGUACGCUUUAGUGCGCGCAAGAUUUCCGAUACGCCUGCUCGUCGACGUGCCGGAGAAGGCUCAUGGGCCGACUACUCAGAACGAGCGUACGGGUAUGCCUAUGUUAAUCGAUGGCACUAGCUCGCAGAUUUGUCUGAAGUGGUCGCAGACUUACUAAGAGUCUCGUCAACUCAACGGACAUGUUCAAUAGUGCAUUUACGCAGGCGUCGAAUCGUAAUGGGAUCGUGGAUCGUCUCAAACCUGCAGAUGCAAAUAUGGUCGACAUAUCGAGUCGGCUUAUAGACCAGGAUACGAUUGCUCAAGGUUGACAAUGACAAUAGCAGCACGAUAUGUGAGAAACUGUAGGACGGAGAUGUAGUCAUAGUACCUAUCGAAUGUUUUUACCUUACUCUCUUUUGGGGAUACCGAACAAACACAAGCAGGCGGGUAGCAUUCGCUCUGGGAGCAAAACUUUGACCCGUUACAAAUUUGUUACUUCGGCAAGAACUGCGAUGUUAGCAAGCUACACACAUGGACAUCUUCCCUUGGCCGAAAUCAUGAGCUCGACAGAAGUCGCCUGGAAUGCGGGCUUCGAGUUGAUCCUGAGUUUCACCAGAAUCUAGCUCAGAUGUG